AUGCUGCUCGAGCACUUCGGUGGGCAGCAGAUUUUGAGGACGGUGAUAGGCAGCAUGCAGAUCUUGGUGGUUUCUGUCUACGGCAUCACCAGCGUGGGCCAGUCAGGCAACCACGAGCUUUUUGCGGCAUUAGUUCAGAUUUUGCGGGAGUCGUGCCUCCCGUUUGUUGUGGCAGGCGACUGGAAUGUCGAGUCCGAGUGUUUCGGCCGUGAUACCCUUCUUCGAGCUGGCUUCAUUGGUCUUUUACACGUUGAGAUCGUCCACGGUGGGAGGCCAACCUGCAACGACUCGCACUACGACUACUACAUCGUCAGCGACAUCCUGCUCCCCUUCAUCAG